AUGAUAGCACGGCAUAAAGAAUUGAGGGAGAAAAUUAGACAGUUAACCUCGCUGUAUGAUAUUACAUCGGCUGAAUGCAUCUAUGAGGACCAGGAGCAAGAUCCAACAGGAUCGCUGCGGAUCGGGGACAUACGAUUGGCAACCGGGAAGUUAGAAGACGACCCUGCCCAAGUACAGGACGACCUCCUUGAAAUCAAUCUAGGGACAGAGAAAUCGCCUAAGCCUAUAUAUAUCAACGCAGGAUUGGACGAGGGAUUCAGAGAGCAACUGAUCGCCUUACUCAUUGAGUUCCGCGACUGUUUUGCCUGGUCGUACGAGGAAAUGCCGGGCCUUGAUCCUGCUAUCGCCGAACAUAAGCUUCCAUUAAAGAGUGGGUUUCGGCCAUUUCGGCAACCUCCCCGGCGAAUGUCCAGGGAAGUGGAUACUCUCAUACAAGAUGAGAUUAAGCGGCUGGAAGAUGCCAAGUUCAUUCGGGAAGCCCAAUACACCGAAUGGCUCUCUAAUAUCGUGCCAGUGAUGAAGAAAAACGGGAAGCUACGAGUAUGCGUAGACUUUCGGAACCUCAACCUUGCUACACCUAAGGACGAGUACCCGAUGCCUGUGGCCGAUAUGCUGAUAGACAGGGCAGCAGGACACACGAUACUCAGUUUCCUCGAUGCACACUCCGGCAAGGAAGAUAUCUCCAAAACGGCUUUUAGAUGCCCCGGGCCGAUCGGAGCCUACGAAUGGGUCGUGAUGCCUUUUGGUUUAAAAAACGCAGGGGCAACAUAUCAGAGGGCGAUGAACAAGAUGUUCAGAGGCCUUGAAUGCCUUGAGGUCUAUAUCGACGAUGUCGUAAUCAAGUCAAAUACCGGCGAAGUUCAUUUGGCCGAUCUCCGGAAAGGUUUCGAGCGUAUACGACGUAAUGGCUGGAGUGUUUUGCUAAGAGGAAAAGAGACCGACGAGUGGAUAUGGACGGACGAGCAACAGCGGGUUUUCGACGAUUUGAAAGGUUACUUGGCAAAACCUCCCGUUAUGACCCCUCCAAAGCCGAACAAGCCAUUGUUGCUAUACCUAUCGGCUGCACACGAGUCCCUAGGAUGUAUGCUCGCCCAAGAGGACGAUGGGGUCGAAAGAGCAACCGAUAUCAUCAAGUAUAUCUUAUCAAAGCCAUACCAAAGGAAUCGGAUUGGAAAAUGGGCGAUUGCAAUGUCCGAGUUUACACUGGUGUACGUUCCUCAAAGAGCAGUAAAAGGACAAGUGUUGGCAGACUUCUUGGCCGAUCACCCUGGCAUUACCCUCAUGGAAGAGACACCUGGUCGAGUAGACAUCACGACCUUCGACAUCGCCGUGUGGAAGAUGUGGUUCGACGGAUCCAGGACAAGCCAGGGGGCAGGCGCGGGAGUACACAUCGUUACGCCCUUGGGGGCAUCCUACCAGUUGUCAUUCAGACUCCAAUUUGAAUGUACCAACAAUCAAGCGGAAUAUGAGGCCCUCAUAUUCGGUUUCGAGAUCUUAGCCGAGCUAGGGGCGAAGGCGAUUAGUGUAAAAGGAGAUUCUUUGCUAGUCAUUAAACAAGUGACAGGAGAAUUCAAAUGCGAGUCCGAGCUGUUGGUGAGGUAUUGCAACAAGGCGAAACACCUGAUCGAAGGCUUUCAGGAUACAAGGAUAGAAUACACAGAGAGGGCCGAUAACGGCGUUGCAAACGACCUAGCUCAGCACGGUAGUGGUUACAAGGUAAACCAAGAGUUCGACGCUAUAGAGAGGGAAACACCGAACCUCCACACCGGGGGCAUCACAAUCGACGAAAGACAAUUCUCGGUUUACCAGCUGGACGUCACCCAAGAUUGGAGGGACGAGCUCCUGAAGUGGUUCGAAAAACCAGACGCCACGAAUAGGAGGUUGAGGACUUUAGCCCUUAGUUACGUGGUCUUAGCCGGCGAAUUAUAUAAGAAGGGCUUUGAAGGGCUACUCUUCAGAUGCAUCGGUCCAAAAGAGGCGAUGCUUGCUAUGGCCGAGGUACACGAAGGUAUAGCAGGCGCCCACCAGGCGGGCCCCAGAAUGAGGUGGCUUAUCCAUAAAUACGGCUUUUAUUGGCCGAAAAUGGAACAAGACUGCAUAAGAUAUGCUAAAGGUUGCGAAGCCUGUCAGAAAUUCGGCCCAAUACAACACGUCCCGGCCGAAGACCUGCACUCCAUCAUCAAACCUUGGCCAUUCAGAGGAUGGGCGGUCGACUUGAUAGGAAAAGUAUACCCCGGCUCAUCUGAUGGUCAUGCCUUUGUGAUUAUCGCCACUUGCUACUUCACCAAGUGGGUCGAAGCUAAACCUUUGAAGUCACCGACACAAGAAGCGGUGAUCAAGUUCUUCAAAGAAUACAUCGUCCACCGACACGGCUUGCCCGAGUCCAUAACCACAGAUCAAGGGACGAUGUUCACAGGAAGCGAUAUAAGUUGGUGGGCCUCCCAAAUGAAGAUAAAGAUGUUGCACUCAACACCAUACUAUGCCCAGGCCAACGGACAAGCCGAAGCCACGAACAAAGCCAUCAAGCUCAUUGUUCAAAAGAUGAUCGAAGAAAACCCAAGGCAAUGGCAUGUGCUUUUAUCAGAAGCUGUUUGGGCGAACAGAACCAGUCAGAAGUCGGCUACUGGGACUUCGCCGUUCAGAUUAGUCUAUGGUUACGAUGCGAUGUUGCCAAUGGAGCUGACCGUCACGUCUACUCGCCGCAGAUACCAAUGCGAGUUAUCCAAGGAAGACUACUUUGACAAAAUGGUGAUAGACUCUCUGGACCUUGACGAAGAACGUCUGACGGCGUUGGAUCACUUAGAAGCCCAGAAAAGAAGGGUCGAGAGAGCUUACAACAAGCGGGUAAAACGGAAAGUUUUUACCAUAGGCGAUAUAGUAUGGAAAGCAGUCUUGCCUAUCGGCCACAAAGACACUCGGCUUGGCAAAUGGAGCCCGAACUGGGAAGGACCCUUUGUCGUGGUCAACAAGUUAACAGGCGGUGCUUAUUUGUUGGCAGACAUUGAUGGGGAAGAACACGACAGGGCGAUCAACGGUCAGUUCCUAAAAAAAUACGUUCCUAGCUGUUGGGAGGGCGUAGACCGUCGGUUAUUUGGAGCCGACGAAGAGUAG